AUGGCGACUUCUCGCUUUGCUUCGCUCAUCUCUUUUAUCGCGAGCGAUAGUAGCAAGGGGUUUCUAGUCUCCUCUCAGGCGGUGAAUCGCCAAUCCCUCCUACGUCCUCGCGCGAUUUCCCGCGUCGCGCUCCUAGUAGUAACCUCGAUCCUGGCCGUCUCUUUAGCAUCCAUCGUGUCCGACGCGUCGCCUCUCCCCGACGCGUCGCCUCUUCCCGACGCAUCGCCUCUUCCCGACGCAUCGCCUCUCCCCGACGCGUCGCUUCUCCCUGACGCUUCGCCUCUCCCCAACUCCUCGUCUCUUUCCGACGCGUCGCGUCUCCCUGACGCGCCUCAUUCGCAGCCAGCUGCCAAAUCUCUCCCAGAAACCACUUCUUCCGAAUCCAUUCCCGCGACAAACCCACCGGCGGGAUCUAGCACGCCCGUCCCUGAACCUCUCUCCCCACUCCAACCGCAAUCUGUUCAAAGUAUCUCAUCGCCCUCCUCUAAGUUCCUGCCUUUUGAGACGUCUCAAAAGUUCCUGCCCACUGUUCCCAAACUGAUCGGAACGGAUGGCGGCACGGCGGGCCUGCCGGCCUGGAUGGUCAACGGAACGGAUGAUGGCACGGCGGCCGCUCUGUCGAAGCUGAUAGGAGCGGACGGCACGCCGGGGAAGGUGUUCAGCCGUGGGCCGUAUAAGCCAGUGGAGCGAUCGUCGAUCGGCGGACCCAUGUUCAUUUUCAAGGUGCUACCUCCGCGCCCUAUCCUCCUAUGGGCGCCUGCCACAUCAUCACCUAGGUCCUUCCCGGUGGUUGUGUUUCAGCACGGGUGGGCCACUCGCAACUUCUGGUUCGCUGACAUGCUCAAGAGAGUGGUGUCGCAUGGCUACAUUGUCGUGGCCCCUCAGGUGCGACCUUUCUUAGCAGAUAGAACUUGCGUGGCUGACACCUCCCUGGCAGAUAACAGCUCCCCUGGGCCACUCGCAACCUUCAACUUCUGGUUCGCUGACAUGCUCAAGAGAGUGGUGUCCCAUGGCUACAUUGUGGUGGCUCCGCAGAUGUACCCACUCAUCGGCCUCACAGGAGCCGUCUUCGAGAUGAAAGGAUCCUGUGCCGUCAUUCGCUGGCUCAAAGACAACCUCAAGACUGGCUCGCCCGCCACCCGAUCCUCCACCGCCAAACCAGAUUCCACUGCCAAACCAAAGCAAUGCACCUCCUGUUUUGUUCUUUGCACUCUCCUCCUCAUGCCUUCCAACCCUUACCGCUCCUCCCUGUCCAUCUUCCCCUCCUGCCCCGACCCCAUUCUCCACUCCAGAUGUACCCGCUCAUCGGCCUCACAGGAGCCGUCUACGAGAUGA